AUUCCAAAAUUUAAGAUCCAGCUUGAGAGAAAUCGUAACCUAUUCUUUCCGCCAACAAAUCUCCUCAGUAAUACAUAUUUUUAGAUAAGAUAUCUGGAUCUGACCAGAAAAAGCCGCAAUCAUGUCGACCACCGCUGAUAAGAUCAAACAAAUUGAGGAUGAGAUGUCCAAAACCCAAAAGAACAAGGCGACAAGUUUCCAUCUUGGUCAACUUAAAGCAAAGCUCGCUAAACUCAAGAGAGAGUUAUUGACCCCUACGUCAAGUGGUGGAGGAGCAGGUGUAGGGUUCGAUGUAGCACGUACAGGUGUCGCCAGUGUUGGAUUCAUAGGAUUUCCAUCGGUGGGAAAGAGUACAUUGAUGAGCAAACUUACCGGACAACAUUCAGAGGCUGCGGCAUACGAAUUCACAACCUUAACGACAGUACCCGGUCAAAUUUUAUACAAUGGAGCCAAGAUCCAAAUUCUGGAUCUUCCCGGUAUCAUUCAAGGAGCUAAAGAUGGAAAGGGUAGAGGUCGACAAGUCAUUGCGGUUGCCAAGACAUGCCAUUUGAUCUUCAUUGUAUUGGAUGUCAAUAAACCCUUGACGGAUAAGAAAAUCAUUGAAGACGAACUGGAAGGAUUUGGAAUUAGAAUUAACAAGUCACCACCAAACAUCGUGUUUAAGAAGAAGGACAAGGGCGGAAUCAAUAUCACCAAUACUGUCCCAAUGACGCAUAUCGAUCACGAUGAGAUCAAGGCUGUCAUGAACGAGUACAAAAUUUCAUCCGCAGAUAUCGCCAUUCGUUGCGACGCCACUAUCGACGAUCUGAUAGACGUACUAGAGGCCAAGGGACGAAGUUAUAUUCCUGUCAUUUAUGCACUGAACAAAAUCGAUGCCAUCUCGAUAGAGGAACUUGAUUUGCUUUACAGAAUCCCAAACGCAUGUCCUAUCUCUUCUGAGCAUGGGUGGAACGUUGACGAAUUGUUAGAACAGAUGUGGGAGAAACUAAACCUUGUCAGAGUUUAUACAAAGCCCAAAGGAAAAUUGCCUGAUUACACAGCACCAGUAGUGUUACGUUCCACGCGGUGCACAGUUGAAGAUUUUUGUAACGCUAUCCAUAAAACUAUUGUGGACGAUUUCCGCGUGGCUAUUGUUUAUGGAAAAUCAGUCAAGCAUCAACCUCAGCGUGUAGGUCUUAGUCACGAAUUAGCAGACGAAGAUAUUAUUACUAUUGUCAAACGAUAAAAAUCAUGCAGAAUAGAACGAUUCGGUGUAACGACCAAGGAUCUUCCGGUGGUACGACCAGCGCGGGAGAAAGACGAUGGACGUUGAAGAAGCCAAGAAUUUCGGAAGAUAGAGUAGGGAAUGGGCUGAUAUGGUCGUAGUGGCAGCGCUCGUCGGGAGUCAAUGGCGUCAUGUUAAGGUACAGACACAUGCGGGCAUUUGGGUUACUGGACUCUGGAAGAGAUAAGGGGUGGCUGCUAGCCACAGUACUAGCAGUUGCCCGUAGAUUCUUACUCACGGAUUGGCGCCUCUGCUUGUUUUGGUAUGAGAAGGCUACGAAGGUCAAUAUGAGGAAGAUAUAGAUGAAUAUCC